GUAAUCGUUUAACACCUAGCCGUGUCUCGACCGUACCCAGUAAUGAUGGAGACAAGUAUCAAGACCAAACAUUGGACCGAUGACCUAAAGGUUUGCAAUCAAACCGGUGUGGGGGAAGCAACGAAUCAAAUAUAUAAGGAAGAUGGUACCCGAUGCGUCGGAUAUGAAUCGCGUGAUAAAAAGUGCCUUUGCUUAGCGAACAAUUCGACGACAAACAAGGACGCCAAAGAAACGACUUCGAUGUAUGCUAUACUUUCGGGGCAUAACGGUGCGAUAGUGGCUGAAAAGGCACUGCAAGAGAUGGCGGCCGAUCUGCUGCUGGAUCAGCUGAAAAAAUGCAACACGGACGAAGCUGUGAAGGAGCUUAUGCGGCAAUCGUUCAUGUCGGUGGAGAAAGGAUACUUUGAGUCGAUAAACCAACACGUCGCCACCAAGACGGCAAUACAGCUUCAUUUAUCGGCCGAUGGAAUGAAUCAGUACGAAAUUUCGCAGCAGUUCGAAAAUGUACUGCAGAAGCUCGAUUCACUCAACAAUGCACUGUCCAUUGGGAGCAGUGCGGUGUUGGGGCUGGUGCACAGAUCGCAUCUGUACUUGGGCAACAUUGGCAACUGUCGAGCGUUGCUGUGUAAAACGGAUGAGCACGACACGCUGACCGUGACGCAGCUGAGUGUCGAUCAUAAUUUGCUCAAUCCCGAGGAAGCUGCGCGCCUGUUUCGUCUCGGUUUGUUGGCGCAAAACUUUGAAGGAGUUCCUCUAUACAGUACACGCUGCAUUGGAAACUAUCUCGGAAAGGCAGGUUAUAAGGAUUGCAACUUUCUCUCGGGCGCUUGCGCCGAACCGGUAAUCUUUGAGCCGGAAAUCGUCGGUGGCAUUGACAUUACUCCUGCCUGUCGGUUCCUAGUGCUGAUGUCCAGUGGACUCUGUCGAGCUUUACACGAUAUUUUCCCCGGCGACAUAUCCACCGGCAAUCGGGAACUGGUGCGGAUGAUUUCAGAAGAAUUUCAGAACCAGUCCACGCUGGGCGGAGUAGCACAGUCGGUGGUGCAUCGCAUUGUGCAGGAGCACCAUGACACCUACAUGCAAUUGGUGGAAGAAAAUAAACCCACCGCUUUCAACAGCCGCGACGAUGUGACUUUGUUGAUUCGCAACUUUAACUAUGUGCUCCCGAAAGCCUUCGUGAAUCGUAAGAAUGGAAAUCGUAGCUUGAACUCAACCAUCUCCUACAGUUCGACCAGCUCCGAUGCUACCCCUACAGAGGGGAACCAUUCUACUAUCAGCUCUAACAUAUCGGUGACAAGUUCAAAUAUGACCCAACCUGGUAAUCCGUACGAUUCUAAUCGAAGAAUUCGUUCGCAUGUGGACUUUUCCGAUUUUUACAAACGUGUCGAAGCAGCUCGAAAGCGUGGGACGCUACCUACCCAUAUUGAGUUCGAUUAGUUUACCCUUUGCUCAAAGAACUUUAUAAUAAAGCCAAAUAUUAAAUAAUCCUCGUA